AGGUGUUCACUUAAUAAGCACUGAAGGAAAAUCUUAUGAGAACUGAGAGGGAUUAACUUCACAUCGAAGAAGAUGACUCUAAGGAUUUGAUUGAAAAGCUACACAAAAAAGGGAUAUACAGAAGUCAGGUUAUUUUGGGGGCGACUUUGGAGAGUUUUUUUGCUUCACAUUUUCUUCUUCGGACCGCCUCGAAGCUCUGCCAGCAAGGAUGAGGAAAUGUAAAGGGUAUCUUAUGAUACCCAGAAAGAUGUGUCACCUUACUUGGGAAUUAGACUAAAAGACAAGACGGAGGAGCUACUGCGAAAAGAGCCCGAGAAUGCCUCAGUUUGGUUGACAUGGACGCCAGGCAAGAAGAUCGCACCUUUUAGUCCUGCUUGCAGCCUGGGAGAGGACAGGUGGAACUAAAAAGGGAUUGGACUGAAACACAAGACUCCCUCCGCACUCCCACUCCACCCUGGGACUGCAGGCCAGCCCGUCUGCUUUUGAUCCUUCUGCCGGGAGCAUGAGCGUGGGAAGGAUCAACCGCUACAGCAUUGUGUCGUCCGAGGAAGAGGGCCUCCGCCUCACUACCAUGCAUGGCAUGAACGGUUUUGGCAAUGGCAAGAUCCACACACGCCGCAAGUGUCGCAACCGCUUCGUCAAAAAGAACGGGCAGUGCAAUGUGCAGUUUUCCAACAUGGACGACAAGUCGCAGCGCUACCUGGCUGACAUCUUUACCACAUGUGUCGAUAUUCGUUGGCGAUGGAUGCUGGUGGUUUUCACUCUUGUGUUUGUGAUGUCCUGGCUUGCCUUUGGUUUGGCAUUUUGGGUCAUUGCUUUGUUGCACGGGGAUCUGGAUAACCCAGCUGGGGACGACAACUUCACUCCAUGUGUCCUUCAAGUGAACGGAUUUGUGGCUGCCUUUCUAUUCUCCAUUGAAACACAGUCCACAAUAGGCUAUGGCUACCGUUGUGUCACUGAGGAGUGCCCAGUGGCGGUCUUCAUGGUGGUGCUCCAGUCUAUAGUAGGCUGCAUUAUUGACUGCUUCAUGAUUGGUGCCAUCAUGGCCAAGAUGGCAAGGCCUAAGAAGCGAGCACAAACACUCUUGUUCAGCCACAAUGCUGUCAUUGCAAUGCGGGACGGUAAACUGUGCCUCAUGUGGAGAGUGGGAAACCUUCGCAAGAGCCACAUUGUGGAGGCGCAUGUCAGGGCACAGCUCAUCAAGCCUCGGAUCACAGAUGAAGGGGAAUAUAUACCUCUGGACCAAAUAGACAUCAAUGUGGGCUUUGACAAAGGCCUGGACAGGAUUUUCUUGGUUUCACCUAUCUCUAUUCUCCAUGAGAUUGAUGAGGAGAGUCCCCUUUUCGGGAUCAACAAACAGGACCUUGAGACAUCAGACUUUGAGAUUGUUGUGAUCUUGGAGGGGAUGGUGGAAGCAACAGCCAUGACCACUCAGGCACGCAGUUCCUACUUAGCCUCCGAGAUCCUUUGGGGCCACAGGUUUGAGCCUGUUUUGUUUGAGGAGAAAAACCUUUACAAAGUGGAUUACUCACACUUUCAUAAAACUUACGAGGUCCCAUCCACCCCGAGAUGCAGUGCCAAGGACAUGGUGGAAAACAAAUUCCUCGUACCCAGUUCGAACACAUUCUGCUACGAAAAUGAGCUGGCGUUCCUCAACCGUGAAGAUGAGGAGGAGGAUGCUGGUGUUGGAAGUAGGGCACUGGCUAACCUCAGUCCGGACCGGAACAGCCGGCAUGAGUUUGAACGUUUACAAGCCACCAGGACACUGGAUCAAAGGUCUUAUCGAAGAGAGUCUGAAAUAUGACAGCUUAAAAACUGUUCAAUGCAGAACAAUGCAAAGUGCCAUAGGAAAAGCAGACCAAUAUGACAAGAUAUGGAAAUAGAGGACAUAAAUGUAAGGAAUGUGGAAAACCAAGAGUAUGCAGUUUAGGAAAUUGUGUCUACAAUCAAGAAAACGUCUCGAGAAAGACCUUCUUCCUUCAUGGAAACUUGAAUCUUUUUUCACACGCUCACUUUAAAUUAAGAGUGUUAUAAUAGCACACUGAGCUAUGACAAAUUGUGUACAUAUAUUUCUUAGUUAUGGUAUAUUUUGAGUGUAGUCUCAGUUGCUAAAUGCACCUCUGAAAAGUAUAAUGCGCUUUUUCUUGAGAACAACAUUCCUAUUGUGCAAUUUACUGGACACAAGUUCAGUGACACAUUGAAAAUUCAGGUGAAAUGAGCCAUACUUAAACACCUGAUCACGGGCCGCCGACAACAACACAAUCAGAUAUUCUUUUGGGCUAAGUUGGGAUUCCCAAAAUUGUCACUACUUUACUUGCACUUUUGAGGGAACAUACUAACUCCAAUGCAACAUAUAGAGUUUGCCCUACCAUAUCUGAAAAGGGAGUCCUUCUUCAUCUUCACCAUCUCCAGGGAUGACUAAACCAUCUAUUUAGACAAUGGCUGUGUGUUAAGCAAUUUUUAGUAGGUAAUAAAUCGAUCCUGAUCCUGCUGUACAAGCUGCACAUUGACAAAUUUAAAGUAUUUCCAAAUUAUUUUUUAUAGAAUUGUCUGUUGAGAAGAUUUACUUUCAUGAUGUUGUAGUGGGUGAUGUUAUACUGUAUGAAUUCACAGUGUAGAAGCACUUAUCUUACAGUAAGAAGCCAUUAUUAUAUAUUAUACUUUUCAGUGUAAUAUAUUCUAACUUUUAAUCAACAGGCAAACAAAAUAGAGAAUGGGUUUUUGGACAUUUUGGGGGGAAACCUAUUAAAGCAAAACCCAUUCAGGUGUACCGUAUAUUUCCUUGAGUAGCCGCCGGGGCGCUAAUUAAUUUAAAACCUCUUCUCACUCCUGCGCUUGUUCAAGGCAUGCCGUAAAAGUAAGCAGGUGCUAAUUAUUUUAUAACUUCUUCUCACCCCGCUAAUUAUUUUAAAACCUCUUCUCACCCCUGAGCUUACCGAUGGCAUGCAGUAAAAAAUUUAGUGUGAUUUUUAAAAAAAAUUAAUAAUGAAUUAUUCUGCGGCCUCGGCCCGGUGGUUGGGGACCACUAUUCUAAAAUAUUCUUCAGCCGCCGCGGCCCGGUGGUUGGAGACCGCUGCUCUGCAGCAUGUCACCGCGCCCACCUUUAUACCAUGCUAUCUGAGUGCCGGUAGAACGUAUGCAUUGCGCUGCUUCUCCUGCGUGAUUCCAAUCCAUACUUGGUCAACAGCCAUACCGUUUACACUGAUGGUUGUGAUAUAAACAACUUUAAAACGCUUACUAAUAUGCGCCACACUGUG